AUGUUCUCAAUUCUUGAGACUGUCACGCCAGUACUCUACUGUCUCUAUCCAGUUGUGGCUCUGCUCGGCUUCCUUUUUGCCUUCUUUACCUCUGAUGGGAUUUCAGGGCCCGCCUACAACAAAAAGACCAUCAUUCCUUUGCUCAGUGUUUUCUCGUGCACCCAGUUUGCUCAACUUUCUACAGUCAUACUCCAAAGCUACUUAUUCCCAAGCUUUGUCGCACCCGAAUAUUUCGUCAUCGGCACUGUCUCCUGUUUUUCCCUGUCGAUUCUCCAGAUAGAUGGCCUUCUAAACUGUUCCGCCCCAGACUGGUACUCUUUUCGCUUCUCAUGGAUAAUCGCGAUUCCUUUCGAGAUCAGCAUAGCGCUUCUUUCGAUCUCGACGUCAACUUCAGUAUGGCCCUCUCUUCCAGACUCUACUAGGGUAGCCAUCAUAUGUCUGUCAACCUCAAGAAGCCUCCUGCUCUGCGUUCUUGUGUCCCCCCGCAAUACAUGGUGUGGAUUCGGCUCCGAUCAUACGUCAAUAAGCGACGACGAAGAACGUUUUCUGCUUCCAUCUGGAGACCCGACCCCAAGAGACAUCGACAACCGUACUUCGAGGAGGCUUGACGGCCCCAUCUAUGGAUCAAUCCGGGAAAUAGACAACAGCCGAGGGACCGUUUCAGGCAAUAAUGAAAGCGGCGACAACGAGGAUUCAAUUUUUGGUAGGGAUCCUUCAAGCAGUGCCUGGACCCGGAAUGUGAAAGAUUUUGUGAAGCUCACCCGCCUUGUCAAACCCGAUGGUCUCCGCCGACUUCAAAUUCGAGCAAUUGGCGUUAUUAUCUGUCUCCUCGCUUCCACUUGCAUAAAUUUCCUGGUUCCUAUCCUGACUGCCCGUGUCGUGAACGAACUAUAUAGCAAUGACACCGACGCACCAUGGGCUGGAGUUAUGAUUUUGUCUGCCCUCUGCUUUUCCGCCUCUGCCAUUACGCUAAUCUGCGAAUACCUCUGGAUUCCCUUCAAAUGCUUCAUAACAGAAACUUUAACCCGAAAGGCCUAUUCGCAUUUCCUUGACCUCUCGUCUGAUUUCCACAACGCGGAGAACAUUGCUGAGAAGACAAUCUCGAUCCAGGGCGCAAAUGUGAUGUCAGAAGUUCUCGAAUUUUCGUUCCUUCGAUUCUGUCCAUGGCUUGUGCAAUUAUGUUCGGCAACCAUUUACUUGUCUAUCGUUAUGGUACCCUACCAAGGGUUUAUAUUGGCCGGAAGCAUGUUUAUACAUCUCUUUCUAACCAGCAAACUUGCUCAUGAGGUUUCAAGGGAAAACGAGAGACUUUCAAAGCUAUUUCACAUAGAGAACUUGAUCAGGCAUAACGGAUUUCGAGGAUCGAAGACUAUCCAAGCCCUGAAUCAGAAUGGCUAUGAAGACAAUCUCCACUCCAAUGCGGUAUCCACACGGAUGUGUCAAGUCAAGACAUACGCCCAAAGACGGGGCCAAGUAGCCGGUUUUCAAAGAACCCUACUGGCCCUUGGCCUAACCGUAGGUUUAUGCCAUGCCAUCAGCCAGGCGACUGUGGGGGUAGCAACAGUCGGGCACUUGGCAAUGCUCAUCGUGUUCUGGUCCCAACUCCACACUCCAGUCCGCUCUCUCUCAAGGGCCGUCCAAAACACUAGCCAGGGAUUUUCGCAAGCUGCUGCAUUCUUCAAGUUGUUGCAUAGAACACCUGCUGUGUACAACAGGCAGAAUGCUCGACCCUUGAAGCGUAUUGCUGGAAAGGUCAAAUUUGACGGCGUAUCUUUCGCCUAUGGAGAACAACAGACUGUUAUUGAUAACGCAAGCUUUGAAGUCGCUGGAGGCGAAACCGCUUACAUUGUUGGAAACAAGGGAUCAGGGAAGUCGACACUUCUUAGUCUUCUUAAUCGAUCAUUCAAUGUAACCAAGGGUACUAUUCUCAUUGAUGAUCAGGACAUUCGUGAUGUCGACCUUUUUAGGCGAGUACCCAUGCUUCGUGUCACAGCAAGCGACAGUGAGGUAUUCCGGGCUUGCGAGGCGGCUGUGCUUCAUGAAGAAAUUCUACGGUUCCCUCAAGGAUACGCGACAGUAGUUGGUGACAAUGGCAUAAGACUCUCAGUCUCUGACGUGCAGAAAAUUGCGAUCGCCCGUGAGUUUUUACGGGAUCCAGAUAUCCUGGUUCUAGACAACGCAACAAGUGCCUUGGAUCCCUCCACGGAGCGAAGAAUAAUGGCUGCUUUUACAAAGCGCAAGCGAACUACCUUCAUUGUUCAGUGUGUACACCCUCGAGCGGUUAAUUUCAAUACGAGGCCUAACUGUUUUAGCUGUGAUCUCGCAAAAACCCUAGAUGCUCAUCAAAUUUUGGUAUUCGAGGAUGGUCGGCUAGUUGAGGACGGGGCUCCCAGAAAGUUGAUGCUCGAUGAUGGCAGAUAUUCCGCUCUCUGGUUAAAGGAAAAUAAUUCAUCAAGGGACAGUGUUCUGUCUGGUACUAAGUUCUUCUCCAGAGAUGCCCCGUCUAGCUUACCUGAACAACCAAUUCAGGUCGCUGGCCAGCGUGCUUCGUUGGCAUGCGAUGACAACCCUUUCAUGACUGUGCCCUCGACUCCUCGGCAUGUGAAAGAAGUACACUACAUGAACCAAGAUUGGCGUAUAGACGAAUCUAACGGGUUACAGGGUUCGAGACUUAAUCCCAUCGCCCCAACGUUCACGCCCAAGGCGCCAACUCCGAGCCAGGCGGCUGCAAGGAAACGAACCGAUACAAGCACUGAGGAUUCUGUCCCUGGAACAGCCAGUAAGCCAGCCAGCUCUCAGACCAGUCGCCAGUGGUCCGAUGAGCUUGAAGAAAAAGCAGACCAUAACGACGAUAUCGUGCAAUCGCAGACCAUCAAUGACGGGACAUCCAAUGAGAGCUCAGGUGGGGCGCUGAUUUCACAAUGUCAAGAAAAAGAUGAGGCUGCUUCCCCAGCUUACAUACUGUCUGAAUCGAAAGCUCAGAUACCCCUGCCACUGAGCCUCGUGCAUCACUAG